AUGUCGCGCGAACGUUUUGCGUCAUUCGCGCAAAAGUUGCGUGUCAUUCGCUCAAAUGAUUCGCCACAGUUCAAAUAUCUGAACUCAAGCGAAUCAUUCGCGUGCGAUGGCCAAUCAGCGUGCAGAUCAGCCUAUGAAAUGAGGCGGACCCGUCGAAUUUCAUUCAUUCUGAAAAUGGAGGAGAGACUGAUCGUGGCUGUCUGUUGUUAUCCUGAGUUGUACGACACUUCUUCAUAUUUUUAUCAGAACAGGAACAAAAAGGAGCAUGCUUGGAGGAACGUGAGUGAGGAAGUCGGCCUGUCUGAGGAGCAGUGCAGGAAGAAAUGGAAGAGCCUGAGGGACACGUAUCUGAAGGAGAGGAGAAAAGACACGGAGAGGAGAAGUGGGUCAGCGGCAGGAGCGGCCAAGAAAUGGAAGUACUCUGUGGUACUGUCAUUCCUCGACCCCUUCGUCACCCCCAAGGAGACAAGUGGGAAUAUGGCACAGGGGGUCGAGGAUACCGCAGAGUACGACCACCAGGAAGAAGCAGCAGCAGGGCAAUCAGAGCAUGAGGAAGGAGGUUUGUUCACAUCACCGUGCAGCUUCCCCAAACUCUUAUGGCAGUAG